AUGUAAAGAAGACUAAGUAACUUCGAUAAAAUUAUACUGGCUUAGCCACUGACAGAAGAAGUAAAAUAGAUAUUUGGAGGAUAAAAGCGUAAAUAAUCUAUGCAGAGGCAAAAGGUGAAGAGGGCUCAAAGUGGAAAUCCAAAUGCAUACUUACAAAGAAGAUAGGAGGAGAAAGAUAAGGACACUUUCUUUAUCACUAACUUCAUUGAAAAUUAUGGAACUAAUCCAAAGUAAAGGAUAAUGCCAAAGAGCUAGAAGAAUACAAGCAUGCAUAAUAGAAGUGUAGCAAACACUUCUAAUGUGUAAAGAUAAAAAUCAUAAGAACAGCCAAGACCUAAUGAAAAUCUAAGAAUAACCAUGGAAGAGUUCGACAGUGUAAAUGAAAGUGAUGAUUUAUCACAACUAUCAUUUGAGUUGUUUCAUAAAAAUGAACUGGAAGCUAUUCAAAAGAUAUAAAUGGAAAAGAAAAAAAUAUUCUUCAACGAGAAGAUCAGAACUACUAAUUAUGUAAUCUCAAGUAAGUUUGAUAGAAGAAAUGAACUUCUUAAUGAAGAACUAGAAUAAGCUAAAAAAUAAUUAGAAAAGUAAAACUCAUCCAAGAAUAGUCAGAGAAGUGGGGUAAGAGGCUUUAGAAGAUAAGUUAAUCGUGGGGGGCAGUAAUAAAUUGAUAUGAUCCCUAAAGAUUUCAAGCAGAUGCGAUUGGAUGAGUUAAUUGAACAUUAAAAUGGCAUUCUGAAUUUGCUGGAUAGAUCCUCAAACCAAAUCAGAGGGUAGACUCCUAAGACUGCAACUAAUCAUAAUCCCACUUUCUAUGAGAGAAGAGCAUUUGUUGAGAUUUUUAGAAAGAAGUGGAAGUAAGUAUUCACUUGGAUUGACAUAUUGAUUGCAGUUAAUGGCAGCUAAAAGGAUAUGAAAAAUCUGCUCUAAAACAGGUCUAAAGAGAUGUAUAGGCCUAAAUCUAGAGGACUAAAAUCAAGAAAGGCAUCAUAAGAAGAGCAAUAAAUGUUCCCUUGCUCUUUCAACUAUUAAAGUGAGAGUCAAACUAAUCUAUAGCUACUAUCUGCAAACAUAAACCCUAAUAAUGAUCAAAUAUUAGUCAGUGAUGAGUCAAAUCUAAAAAUUGGAGCAAGACCCAGGACUGAAAGUGGCAACAGAAAAUAUAAGAAGUCAAAUCUUGCAACCAAGAAAAAUAGUACUAUUUAAGACUAAUCCUGUAAUACUACACCACUACAAUAAAGACUAUAAAAGUCCCAAAAAGAACUUGAAAAAAUGCAUUCAAAUAUUGCUUUAUCUGGCUAAUAGGCCUUGAUCAACAUUGAAGGAGGUAUGUCAGCAUAGGAAUCUAGGAAAGAAGUAGAGAGAAUUCUAAGUUCACCUAAACUUAUUGGUUCACCAUCUAGUAAUGGUGACAUGAUGAAAAAUUCUUAUAGUAAUUAGCAAUAGUCGCAAAAUCGUACAUAGGAUAAACGGAAUCGCAAAUUAAGUUAACCAGCUGAAAUGAGAAACAGUGAUCAAAUGAUGCUGCUAAUGCUCACAGGUGACCCAAGGGAAAUAGUACAUUAGAUAAGAAUUGAUACACCUGAUAGCAACUCAUCAAAAACUUUGGUCAGGACAUUUGAAACAGUAACAACUAAAAAUGAAAAUCUUCGACAUCAUCCUCGAUAUGAAGGUAUGGGUCUUCAAUAUAAUAACAAUUCUAUCACCCUGGAGUAAUAAUCUAUCUUACACAUGAUGAGAGGUCAUAAGUAUAAUGAAUCCUAAAACAUUCAGCUAAUAGAAGAAAAUAAGGAUAUCAGACAGUUAAUUCUCACUCAGCCGUAAUUUACUUAAGAUCCCUUGUUAAGUUAGCAUCUAGUAAAUCUAAAUAAUAGAGAUAGCUUGGAAUCCUAAAUUGAAACUGGAGAGUAAAAUGUCCAAUUAUAGCCUAAGUAGUAACUUAGAUCAGAAGAUAAUAAUUAGAGACUAUAGAAUUUAUAGUUUUCUUCCUAAAUUAGAGAAUCUAACCCAAUUAGUCCUUUCCUUCAUAUGGAAUAAUCCCAUUCAUAGAAUCAUAAUGCUUCGAAUUAAGGUCAGAACAGCUAAGCUAAUAAAGGGGAUUAUAAGUAAGUCGCUCCAAAAGAACAUAAACUAAUGGUUCAUGAGGUGAAGUUUAACAAAUCUUUUAACAUUAAUUUGAUAAGGAAUAGAAAAGAACUUCAGAGAAGAUAGAAACUAGAGUAGCAUUAAAGAGCAAGCAAUAAUGUAAAUAAUACCAACUCAGGCUAGUAGUAAUAAACAAUGGCAGAACCCUACAUAGGUCCCUAUAAAAUUCGUACCGAUCCAGUAAACUCUCCAAGCAGCGGAACCAAUGACACAAAACACCAAAAUCACUCAUUCAACACUUAAAGUGGCUAUAUCAAUAAGUAGCGAAAGUUGAGGUAAAAAGAGUUGAUUUAAACUUUGAUCAACAUGAAUAUAACCCACAACUUGAUUAAGCCAUAAUCAGCAUCUUAAAAAAGGCCGCAAUCUCAUUAUAACUAGAGUGAAAGAGUAAGGCAGCAGAGAAAGAAAGGUAAAUCACAGUUUAAUAACUUGACGACCUCAAAUGCCUUGGUUCCUUAGGAUUAAAACAACAUACUUUACAUUGAUCAACAAGACUUAUAAAACAAAAUCUAAUCAUAACAUGCCUAAUAAAUGUUUAACAUUGUCAUGAUGAGAGAACAAAUGCGAAAUGAUAAUUUAUAAGAUACUAAUGCUACUAAUUCUAAGAUCAAUAGUGAUCUAGACUAAAUAUGA